UCUAGACAAAUGUAGGAAAAAAAGAAAAGAAAAGAAAGGGAAAAACCGCAAAGCUGCCGACUGCGAGCACGAGGCAACCGUCCCUCGUCCUCCCACCCCUCAGCUGGAUCCUCCGCCGCCGCAUCCUCAGUCCGCUUACCCUUCCGCAGCCGCCACAGCGCUGGCCCUCCCUUGCGGACGUGGAUUGGUGCCCCCACCUCUUCUCCUGGCAUCCCCUGAAUGGAUUUUUUCACUGAGUAUGGUGAGGGAAACAGAUACAAGAUAGAAGAGGUCAUAGGAAAAGGGAGUUAUGGUGUGGUUUGCUCUGCUUUGGAUACUCACACUGGUGAAAAAGUUGCAAUAAAGAAGAUAAAUGACAUCUUUGAACAUGUGUCUGAUGCAACACGGAUACUUCGGGAGAUCAAGCUGCUUCGGCUCCUGCGACAUCCGGAUAUUGUAGAAAUAAAACACAUUUUACUUCCUCCAUCAAGGAGGGAAUUCAAGGAUAUAUAUGUUGUGUUUGAACUCAUGGAGUCUGAUUUGCACCAAGUUAUAAAGGCUAAUGAUGACUUGACUCCAGAACACUAUCAAUUUUUCCUGUAUCAGUUACUUCGAGGAUUGAAAUACAUACAUACAGCAAAUGUGUUCCACAGAGACCUAAAGCCCAAAAAUAUUUUGGCGAAUGCUGAUUGCAAGCUCAAAAUAUGUGAUUUUGGACUUGCAAGAGUAGCUUUCAGUGAUACUCCGACUGCCAUCUUCUGGACGGAUUAUGUUGCAACAAGAUGGUACCGAGCACCUGAGCUGUGUGGAUCUUUUUUCUCCAAGUACACUCCAGCAAUAGAUAUAUGGAGCAUCGGCUGUAUAUUUGCAGAGCUUUUAACUGGAAAACCUCUCUUCCCUGGGAAAAAUGUUGUACAUCAACUUGAUAUAAUUACAGAUCUCCUGGGUACACCAUCUCCUGAAGCAAUCUCUAGGAUUCGAAACGAGAAGGCAAAGCGCUACCUGAGCAGCAUGAGGCGGAAAAAGCCUAUACCGUUUACUCAUAAAUUUCCAAAUGCAGAUCCACUUGCAUUACGUUUAUUGGAGAGGAUGCUAGCUUUUGAUCCAAAAGAUCGGCCAAGUGCGGAGGAGGCCCUUGCUGACCCGUAUUUCAAGAACAUAGCUAAUGUGGAUAGAGAACCAGCCGCACAGCCGGUCAUGAAGCUGGAAUUUGAGUUUGAGAGGCGGAGGAUUACAAAAGAAGAUAUCAGGGAACUCAUCUACAGAGAAAUUCUGGAGUAUCAUCCUAAUAUGUUGAGAGAAUUCCUUGAGGGGACUGAGUCAACUGGUUUCAUGUACCCAAGUGCCGUGGAUCAUUUUAAGAAGCAAUUUGCAUAUCUUGAAGAACAUUAUGCAAAGGGAUCAACAGCAGCUCCACCUGAAAGGCAACAUAACUCUCUACCAAGGCCUAGCGUGUUAUACUCGGAUAACCGAACCCAAAGCACAACCAAUGUCACGGAGGAUCUUUCAAAGUGUGUAAUCAGAGAUGAUGCACGGAGAGCACAGCUAGAUUCUUCCUCUGUUGGUGCAAAUAGAGUUCCUCAAGCAGGUGGUGCUACGAGGCCUGCUAGAGGGGUUGGUUCUGCAGAGCGUUAUGGUAAUUAUGCAUCACCUGCUGCUGACCAAUAUGAACAGAGACGAAUAGCUAAUGGUGUCUCACCUAGAAGCUCAUACCCCAAAAGAAUUCCUACCUGCAAGGGCGAAACAAGUGAGGCUGACAGGAUUGAUGUGAGACAAACUGGGCAACCAAAGCCAUACAUACCAAACAAACUACCUACUACAGUUGAUGGCCGGAAUGGCCACUGGUAGCUUUACCUGCAAUUCAUCAGCAAUCUGAACCAAGCAUCUGCAGUUCUCUUGUGGAAGGUAUCUCCAAGACAUGACACAUUCUAAAAAGGAUGUUCUGUAUAGAGUUCUCACAUUUUUCAGGACGGGUACACCCUGAAGCACUGCAGACCUAAUUCAAGCAGGCAUGGCAGGCUGCUUGAUUUUUACGUACAUUGGGUCAACCAUUAGACUUGUCCACAUUGCUAGCUGAUUGAUUCAGAUUUAACGUGGUAGGGUGUAUAGUGAAAACUUUGUGGCACUAGCAGCAUGGGGCUGCUACUGACAUAGCUGAUGAUGCUGAUCAAUUUGUUCUUGAAGCUGGUGGCUCCAGACUCUGAAUUAUGCACAUGGUCUUAUUGUUGUAAAAUGUAACAUAUGGAGUUUGAAUUUGAACAGUCAAAUUUUCCUGUAGCCUUUUGUUCAAAUGUAAUAAUAUUUAUUUUUUGAACGGAAUGAAGAUGCAGAUUUGUGCAACUGAAGUGUCGCACUUUUAUCGAA